ACUUCUCACUCUGAGCAACCGAUCACCGUUGACUUUCAGUUGUUUUAAAGACAAAGCACGGUGCACUUUUGCCGAGGUAAGACACGUUCAUUUGAUGUCAUUGUUAGCAGAAAUGGAAGUCGCUUGGUUUAAAAUCAAUAUCAAACUUAAUGCAGCUGUUUUGUUUAUACAAAAAACCACAACGUUCAACAGAAUUUUUGUAGUUUAUAUUUUUAAUCAUACUUUACUUAUAUUUAUUCAUUUAAUAUGUUAUUAUUGAUGUAUGUAUUCCUUUAUUCUUAAAAAAAUAUCUGGCAACAAGCAUGUUUGUGUGAAGUGGGGGGAAAAAAUCCGAAAAAGUAUUCAUAACCCCCCCCCCCCCCCCCUUUUGUUUUUUUUUUUGGACCAGAAAUCAAUUUAUAACCGUUACCAAGAAGAAUUAGCACCGUUGAUUACCACUGAAGGCGCUCUCGCUGGGAAUCAAUCUUCCUGCUUCAACAGAUAAAUACAGUUUAACAGGUAACCGGAACAUGAAUCAUUUAAUGAACUGUCGUACUAUUAUGGGGUAAUUUUAAGUUUGCACGUCAUGAUUAUUUCUUUUUAACCUAAUUAUAGAUCUACACAGGCCCCGCAUCGGGCAGUUCUAAAUUUGGGCACCCUUACCCCCUUCAACUUUUCAUCUUACACCCACUGUUGAUCAUUUUUUUUUUUUUAAAUCUACCCACAAAAAAAGGUAGGAGUCCUAAAACAGCAGCUGUCUCCAUAUGGAAUGAACCAAAUCCACAAUUUUACGUAACUGCCAUGUCUUUUUCCUGUUUGGUUUUUAGGCGACAAAUUAUGUUCAAAUCACUUCCUUUCUACUCCUCUUUAUUUUGUUUUUGUCUGGUUUUAGCGCCCUCUCCUAUAUUUUUUCUAUUUUAGGUAGGAUAUGUAUAUUGAUAUUAUGUAAAUUUAAUUUAUACUUACUUAAAUGUGUUUUGUUUGUACUGAUGAAGGCGUGUGUGCCGACACGUUUACUUGUGUAUAAUGUAUAAUUAUUAUUAAAGCGUAACUUUUAUUGUUCUAUUGACACAAUUUGUUCGUGUCUUAUUAAUCUAUUUUAAAGCUUUAUUGCAGUCCAACACUUUUUAUAAUUAUUCUGACAACUAAUUAUAAAUAUAAAAAUGAAGCAUACAUUUUAAUAUCAGCUUGAUUGUGCAUAGAACCAGUAAAAACUAAUCUGUUUGAAAUUAAAAUGGCUUUUAUUGGAAAAAGGCGAAGCCCUAACAAGAAAAAAUGUCUAUGUCAGCAUGCUGGGAUUUAAAAAAAAAUUAUAAUUUAAUUAAUUGGCACCAUAACUAGCACCGGCCCUACAAGCACAUUUUUAUGUUGCACUAACAAAAGAACUCAUGGCAUCUCUCCAAUCAAGUCAACUGGCAGCAUCAUUUUAAAUAGACAAGCAUGUGGGUCAGUCAGGACUGAUACAUGCUCUUAAAUGUGAUUCAAUUAAUUUUAGUUCAGAAAUAUAUUUAUUUUCCAGUUAAAACUGAGACUGAAAUUUACAAAAUAAUUCGAAGACAAAUCCACGUUAAUAAAUUUGGAGAAAAAAACAUCCACGUCAGUGAGAGUGCCACGGCAGUGAGUCUGCCAUGUUAUUGAGUCUGCCACGCCAGUGAGUCUGUCACGGCAGUGAGUCUGCCACGUCAGUGAGUCUGCAAUGCCAGUGAGUCUGCCACGUCAGUGAGUCUGCCACGCCAGUCAGUCUGCCACAGCAGUGAGUCUGCCACGGCAGUGAGUCUACCACGCCAGUGAGUCUGCCACGUCAGUGAGUCUGCCACGCCAGUGAGUCUGACCCGGCCGUGAGUCUGCCACGUCAGUGAGUCUGCCACGUCAGUGAGUCUGCCACGUCAGUGAGUCUGCCCCGUCAGUGAGUCUGCCACGGCAGUGAGAGUGCCACGUCAGUUAGUCUGCCACGGCAGUGAGUCUGCCAUGUUAGUGAGUCUGCCACGCCCGUGAGUCUGUCACGGCAGUGAGUCUGCCACGUCAGUGAGUCUGCAAUGCCAGUGAGUCUGCCACGUCAGUGAGUCUGCCACGCCAGUCAGUCUGCCACAGCAGUGAGUCUGCCACGGCAGUGAGUCUACCACGCCAGUGAGUCUGCCACGUCAGUGAGUCUGCCACGCCAGUGAGUCUGACCCGGCCGUGAGUCUGCCACGUCAGUGAGUCUGCCACGUCAGUGAGUCUGCCACGUCAGUGAAUCUGCCACGCCAGUGAGUCUGCCACGUCUGUGAGUCUGACCCGGCAGUGAGUCUGCCACGUCAGUGAGACUGCCACGCUAGUUAGUCUGCCACGUCAGUGAGUCUGCCACGUCAGUGAGUCUGCCACGUCAGUGAGUCUGCCACGCCAGUGAGUCUGCCACGUCGGUGAGUCUGCCAUGUCAGUGAGUCUGCCAGACCAGUGAGUCUGCCACGUCAGUGAGUCUGCGACGCCAGUGAGUCUGACCCGGCAGUGAGUCUGCCACGUCAGCGAGUCUGCCACGUCAGUGAGUCUGCCAUGUCAGUGAGUCUGCCUCGACAGUGAGUCUGCCACGCUAGCUUUCAUGAUCCACGCCAAGCUUCUCCCACGAAUCCAGGUCAAUUUCCAUGUCCUGUAGUGAUUUUCUUGUUGACCACCAGCUGAGCGUUUCCCACUGGAGAGUAUACCGAACAUUAGUCGUUUGGGAAUUCUGCUGUCUGACAUUCGCGCAACACGCCCUGCCCCACCUGGCUUGUCAUUUUUGUAGGAGCAUAAGGAGGCUGAUAAAAUCAGCCCGUUGUAGGACUUCUGUAUCAGGGACUCUGGGCUGCCACCUUAUGCCAAGUACUUUACCAAGAUAGCGUAGGUGGAGAUGGUUUAGCUGUCCAGCAUGUCUGCUGUAUACUGACCACGUCUCGCUAGCAUAUAGGAAGAGAUGCUAAUACGAUUCGCCUUUAUACUUUCAGCUGAGUGAGAAGACUGAGACCCCUUCGUUCCCAAACACUCUUGCAGGCUUUCCAACUGCAAGACUAUACCUAAUAAAUAAAGCACCAAAUAAAAGCUGUACAGAAUUAGUUACAUAUUCUGCAUUUAAUGAAAUGCCAAGUAGCAAACAAAGAUUUAUUUCAUAUUUGUUGAUCUUUUCUCUCACUUAACUUCAAAAAUAUAUAUAUAUUUCUAUGAAAAGUGAGUGAAGAGAGAAUUUUCAUUUUUGAAAACUUGUGAUACAUCCGGCAUUCGGCGGGCCACAAAUAUGAACUUGCCUGGCCGAAUAAGAAAUAAAAAUAUAUAUAUAACAUUUAUAAGACCAGUUGUAAUAUACGCAAGUGAAACAUGGACCCUAACAAAAUCGGCAGAAAACCUAUGAAACACAUGGGAGAGAAAAAAUCUUCGGAAAACAUAGGGACCAACAAAGGAUGACUAUGGAUUGAGAAUACGAACCAACCAGGAAUCGUAAGGUCUAUAUCAGGAUCCCACGAUAGUAGCAGUAAUACAAAAGUGCAGGCUACGCUGGGCAGGAAACUUAGAGAGAAGGCCAAAUGACAGAGGGGUGAAGAGGGUGCACCACCAAAAUCCAGAGAAAGACGGCUCGAAGGCAGACCUGGGCUCAAAUGGAUAGAUGCUAUGGAAAAUUAUCUACAGCAGCUGGGAAUUCAAGCAUGAAAAUAAAAGCAUCAGUUAGGCCUGAGUGGAAAGGAAGUGGUGAGGCAGGCCAAAGCCCUAAUGGUCUGUAGCGUCACAUGGAAGGGAAGAAAGGCCGAAUGUAGGCAUCGGAGUUUCUAAGUAAUGGAGCAUUGGGAACAAACAACUCCUUUAUUGGGAAUACACAACUUCUUUAUUGGGAAUACACAAUUUCUUUAUUGGGAAUACACAAUUUCUUUCUUGGGAAUACACAACUUCUUUAAUAGGGAAUACACAACUCCUUUAUUGGGAAUACACAAUUUCUUUAUUGGGAAUAAACAACUUCUUUAUUAGGAAUACACAACUCCUUUAUUGGGAAUACACAAUUUCUUUAUUGGGAAUACACAACUCCUUUAUUGGGAAUACACAACUUCUUUAUUGGGAAUACAUAACUUCUUUAUUGGAAAUACACAACUUCUUUCUUGGGAAUACACAACUUCUUUAUAGGGAAUACACAACUUCUUUAUUGGGAAUACACAAUUUCUUUAUUGGGAAUACACAACUUCUUUAUAGGGAAUACACAACUACUUUAUUGGGAAUACACAACUUUUUUAUUUGGAAUACACAACUUCUUUAUAGGGAAUACACAACUCCUUUAUUGGGAAUACACAAUUUCUUUAUUGGGAAUACACAACUUCUUUAUUUGGGAAUACACAACUUCUUUCUUGGGAAUACACAACUUCUUUAUAGGAAAUACACAACUUCUUUCUUGGGAAUACACAACUUCUUUAUAGGGAAUACACAACUUCUUUAUUGGGAAUACACAAUUUCUUUAUUGGGAAUACCCAACUCCUUUAUUGGGAAUACACAAUUUCUUUAUUGGGAAUACACAACUCCUUUAUUGGGAAUACACAACUUCUUUAUUGGGAAUACACAAUUUCUUUCUUGGGAAUACACAACUUCUUUACAAGGAAUACACAACUCCUUUAUUCGGAAUACACAAUUUCUUUAUUGGGAAUACACAACUUCUUUAUAGGGAAUACACAACUCCUUUAUUGGGAAUACACAAUUUCUUUAUUGGGAAUACACAACUUCUUUAUUGGGAAUACACAACUUCUUUCUUGGGAAUCUACAACUUCUUUAUUGGAAAUACACAACUUCUUUCUUGGGAAUACACAACUUCUUUAUAGGGAAUUAGAGACCGACCGAAUUUCGGCUUCGGCUUCGGUUUCGGCGCCGAAAGUGGCCAUUUUAUCACUUUCGGCCAAGUUUCGGUUUCGGCCGAAACUGAAAAGUUAACUUUCGGCUUAAUUUCGGUUUCGGCCGAAAGAGAAAAGUUAACUUUCCGUUUUUCUUCGGUUUCGGCCGAAAUUGACUUUGACUUUCGGCCAUCCAGCCGAAAGUGACUCAGGUUUACGGUCAUUUAAUACUCAGCAAAAGCGAUAUUUAACAACAAACUAAGCGACAUUUAAGAACAAACUAAACGAUCUUUAAAACAAACUAAGCGAUCUUUAAGAACAAUCUCAGCGAUCUUUAAUAACAAACUAAACGAUCUCAAAGAACAAACUAAACGAUUUUUAAGACCGAACUAAAUGAUCUUUAAGAACAAAACAAAUGAUCUUUAAUAAUAAACUAAAUGAUUUAUAAGAAUAAACUAAGCGAACUUUAAAAGAAAACUAAAUGUUCUUUAGGAACAAACUAAAAUAUCUUUAAGAACAAACUAAUCGAUGUUAAGGAACAAAAUCAAUUAUCUUUAAGAACAAACUAAGCGAUCUUUAUGAAAAAAACUAAGCGAUCUUUACAACAAACUAAGCGAUCUUUAUGAACAAACUAAACGAUCUUUAAGAUUAAACUAAGUGAAAUUUUAGAACAAUCUAAGCGAUCUUUAUGAACAAACUCACCGAUCAAUAACAACCAACUAAACGAUCUUUAAAAACAAAUUAAGCGAUCUUUUAGAACCAAAUUUUUUAGAGACCCGGUUUAAAAAAAUAUUAUUUUGUAUUAAUUUCCCCUCCCCACCCCCCCCCCCCCCCCCCCAAUUUUUGCCAAAUUUUCUCCUACCAUACUAAUUUUUAAAAAAAUUGUAAANUUUUCUACUAACAUAAUAAUUUUUAAAAAAAUUGUAAAGCAAUUUAAAUUACUUUUAUAUUGAAAUGGUAAAAUCCAAAGUAUUCAUUAGAUCAAGGAUCUCAAACUCAAAUCAUGGGGGAGGGGGGGGGGGCGGGCAAGAGGUAGUGUCUGAAUGAGAGUGGGCCGCAUCAAGUAAUCCAGAAAAAGGCGAUUACAAUUGUUACAAUCUGCUCAACCUUUAUAAAUAAAAAUCAUUAAGUGCUCUCAAGAACUAGGAGUCACUUUCAUCCACCUACUCACUGUUGCCAGAGACCUGGCAUACAAAAAUAUAUAGAAACAUUUUGUUAAAAAUCAGAAUUAGACUAGUCGGUUAGAUUCGACUGAAAUCGUCGCGGAGAGUCACGUUAUAGAUAUGAGAAUGGGGGAAACGGGCCGGCGAAUUAACACUAAACUUUUCUGUCAUGUAGCGAGCCGCAAAAUAUCGUCUUGCGGGUCACAAAUGGCUCGCGGGCCGCGAUUUUGAGACCCCUAUAUUUGAUGUUUAUUUAUUAAUAUUCACGAUUAUCUCAUUUUUUAUGAAAUGAAUGUAAAUAUUUAUACUUUCCCACAUCAUUUUCGAUGCAUGCAGAAUGUAUGCGGGAUCGAAUUUCAAAAUAUCUUAAUAUUUCAUUUUCGGUUUCGGUUUUGGCUUCGGUUUCGGCCGAAAUUCAUUUUUAUAUUUCGGCAUUUUUUCGGUUUCUGCCGAAAGUCAUUUUUAAACUUUCGGCCUUUUUUCGGUUUCGGCCAAAAGUCAUUUUAAAUUUUUGGCCUAUUUUCGGCUUCUGCCGAAAUCAGAAAAUCACUUUCGGUCGGUCUCUAUAGGGAAUACACAACUUCUUUAUUGGGAAUACCCAACUCCUUUAUUGGGAAUACACAAUUUCUUUAUUGGGAAUACACAACUUCUUUAUUGGGAAUACACAACUUCUUUAUAGGGAAUACACAACUCCUUUAUUGGGAAUACACAAUUUCUUUAUUGGGAAUACACAACUUCUUUAUUGGGAAUACACAACUUCUUUAUUGGGAAUACACAACUUCUUUAUUGGAAAUACACAACUUCUUUCUUGGGAAUACACAACUUCUUUAUAGGGAAUACACAACUUCUUUAUUGGGAAUACACAAUUUCUUUAUUGGGAAUACCCAACUCCUUUAUUGGGAAUACACAAUUUCUUUAUUGGGAAUACACAACUCCUUUAUUGGGAAUACACAACUUCUUUAUUGGGAAUACACAAUUUCUUUCUUGGGAAUACACAACUUCUUUAUUGGGAAUACACAACUUCUUUCUUGGGAAUACACAACUUCUUUAUUGGAAAUACACAACUUCUUUAUUGGGAAUACACAACUUCUUUAUAGGGAAUACACAACUUCUUUACAAGGAAUACACAACUCCUUUAUUCGGAAUACACAAUUUCUUUAUUGGGAAUACACAACUUCUUUAUUGGGAAUACACAACUUCUUUCUUGGGAAUACACAACUUCUUUAAUGGAAAUACACAACUUCUUUCUUGGGAAUACACAAUUUCUUUUUUGGGAAUACCCAACUCCUUUAUUGGGAUUGCACAAUUUCUUUAUUGGGAAUACACAAUUUCUUUCUUGGGAAUACACAACUUCUUUAUAGGGAAUACACAACUCCUUUAUUGGGAAUACACAAUUUCUUUCUUGGGAAUACACAACUUCUUUAUAGGGAAUACACAACUCCUUUAUUGGGAAUACACAACUCCUUUAUUGGGAAUACACAACUUCUUUAUUGGGAAUACACAAUUUCUUUCUUGGGAAUACACGACUUCUUUAUUGGCAAUACACAACUUCUUUUUUGGGAAUACACAACUUCUUAAUGUGGACUACACAACUUCGCGAGGUGCCAAUAUUUUAGUCCCGGUCUCAGAUAGAUAACUGACGUAAACGUAGCCCACCAUUUUCAAAUUGUCCGGCUGUCCGUCACAGACAGAUUAUCAGUCAGCUAAUUAAUUAGUUUUUGGAUAGGCUUUAAUGGAUUGGAUGAUUCUGAUGAUUCUUUGGCUAAGAAAACUAGAGGCCAUUCUCACAAUCCUCGAAUAAAAAGGUAACAUUUUAAGUUGACACCGGGGUAAAUGAUCCUCACAGUAUUUAGAACCCGUAUGUUAGAGUAUCUUAUUUUAUGAUUCUGCUAAAUUAGCAGACGAACUAUCCAUUAUCCAAGAAAUGAUAAACUGACACCAUGUAAGAGUCUUUGGAAGCUUGUCACGGAGUCAGAACCAUCUCAAUAAAACAUUUGUUAGUUUCACUUCAUUUUGCCGCAGACUUCUUAAUACAAUGUUCUUUCGUUUCUUUAAAUUAGAUUUUUUGUUUGAGCUUGAUAAAACUAAAGAUGACGAGUCUCGCGUUAACCUAGUCCCCAGGUGAUAACGACUUUCAAGCUUAGAAAAUUACAACACGCAUUAUCUGAUUUUAGAAUCUGGUUUCUUCACUCUCACGUUGAAGACUAUUCGCCUGAUUUAUGCAUAAAAGAUGUAGUUUGACGUUUUAGAAAGGGGGAAAAAAAACAAUUGUUAUGCCACACGGCUCGUAUUGACAUCGCGUGCUUGUUUGGAGUCCAAUGUCCUACGUUUAGGGCCAGUGACGUCUAAUGACAUCCAUACGUCGGCGUAGUUGAUGUUUGACGGAAUAGGGCGACGCUAGAAUAGUUAUAAAUAGACGGCAGCGACUCGUGACGUGUACGACCACCGCAAAAAAACCAAGCGGUUGAUGAGUUUCAGACACAGGGCGAAAGGUUUGUGGUGUCGUAGUGGAAAACAUUGCACGGUACUGUUCACUAUCAUUCAUUUUGUCAACAUAAACAGAACUUGUUCAAUACGUUCAAUAAAUAGCUUAAUCCAUAAUUAUAAACUUUGAGUUAUGUUUUCAUCAUUAACACCAAAGUUUGAAGGAAACAAAAGAGCAAUUUGAACUUUUUAGUUGUUAAAUGAAAAAGUUGUAGGUUUAUAGUGAAGGCGUUUACAAGGAUUUUUACCAAUCGUCCAUUAACUAAUAAUUUAGCUUGUUUGUUGAAUUACAUUCAAUUCAAAUGAUAUAAACUAUAUAUAUAUUACGGUCAUAAUUUGUUACACAUCCUAUUCCAAGUCAGAAAUGGGCAGCCUUCGACAAGAGGCCCGCUAAAAUGUUUUUUUACUGUCCCGUAAGACCCGCUAAGGCACUGGAUUAUUGAAUUAAUGUUUCCGUGAAAUUGAACAAUUUUGGAUGACAAUCUGUAGACAUCAAUGAAAACCAAUUUCAAACAGCAAUUAUAAUGAUAAUAAUAAUCACUCCAUUAUUUAUCUUUAAACGGAACUGGGAAUGAAUCCUAGAUCUUUAGAACAUGAUCAUGCGUGGUGCUAAAUCACUUUACCAUACUGCCCGCUGCACAAAAAAGUUUGCCUCACCUUACUAUGAAAUUUUAUCGAAUCUUGAUUUACUUUUUAAAAUUAUUUAUUAGCCAAUGUAGUGAGAUUUUUAAUAGCAAAAAAAAAAAAAAAAAAAAAGAGAAUGCCAUAAUUGCUAUUUAAACAGAUUACAUUGAAAAAAUUUUUUCGAAUAUUGAUUUACUUUUUAAAAUUAUUUAUUAGCCAAAGAAGUGAAAUUUUUAAAAAAAAAAAAAAAAAAAAAAAAAAAAGAGAAUGCCAUAAUUGCUAUUUAAACAGAUUACAUUGAAGAACAGUGCAGCCGUGUGUAUGAAAUAAUUUCCCAGUUUUCAUCUAACUUACUCAGAAGUUUGUUACUUUAAAAAUUAGUUUUCUUUGAAAACGGACAACUGUAAAAAUUCGACAACACGUUGAAAUUAAUUUUUGCUAGAACUUCUAACAUUCGUUUCAAGAAAUUAUUUGUGGCUUUCCAAAAAUAUUCCCAGGCGUAAGCAAGAUAGUUUAAUCUAUUAUUUUUUGCUUAUUACACCAGGUGCGGAGGUCAAGAGGGGCAAGUGAAGCUGUUUGUCACUGCUAAAAAAUAUCCCAUCACUUGUUGGGCUGGUGUACAGCAUCGAGUCCUGGUAAUGUAAGACAGUGGUAAAUCUUGUAGUCCAGCGCUCUGUUACAACGCCCUGCUCAUCUUCACAUCUCCUGCUCGCCUUUAUUACAGCUCGUCAAUGUACAGCUUCGGCGUGGUGAGGUGGCCAAUCCUAUUGCUUGGCUUCCUGAUGACGACAACAUGUACAAGAGGUGAUCACUUCCGGUGAGUGAACCAAUGAGUCUUUAGUAUACCAAUAUCAUGGGAUUUUCAAAGAAGGCAAUAGAUUACCUUGGACAAAUAAAAAAAGGGGUGGGAGUCAAUAUCUUUUUGCCGGAGUGACCCAUGUAAGGUCAAAUUCUCAAAUUUUGCUUUCCUUCAAGGCGGUUGGUCUGAAAAUUAUCUUUUGGCCUUUUUUCCUUCUCUUUUUUUUCCACAACAAAAUAAUAUCUGCAAUAAAUUUCAGUAAUCUCCAUUUCCUAAAACAUUUUUAUGAGUAAUAACUUGAUCGGUGUAAUUUCCAAUGUUUAAAAAAGGCGAACACUUGUUGAGUAGAUAUUUUUUGAAACGUUGGCUAAAUACAACAUCGUGACCCCCCAAUACAUCCAUUAUUCCUUCCUUAAGAGUCACGCAGAUCAAAAGGGAAUGGCACUACAGGAGGGUAAGCUGUCUAGUUACCCGCCUGAAAUGUGUUCAUUAAAUUUUGAGCUCCCUUUCUUAGAGAAACCAUUUGCAACCAGAGUAAUGUUGGAAUGUAACUUAUGGAGAAAUGAUAUUCGUAUCGCUUCACACCCGUAAUACUCAACACACGUAAGGCUAUUCAUUAUGUCAAGACGCACACAGAUACAAGACGGACACAGAUACAAGAAGGACACAGAUACAAGACGGACACAGAUACAAGACGCACACAGACACAAGACGGACACAGACACAAGACGGACACAGAUACAAGACGGACACAGAUACAAGAUGGACACAGAUAAAAGACGGACACAGAUAGAAGAAGUACACAGAUACAAGACGGACACAGGUACAAGACGGACACAGACACAAGACGGACACAGAUACAAGACGUACACAGAUACAAGACGUACACAGAUAAAAGAUGUACACAGAGAAAAGACGGACACAGAUACAAGACGGACACAGAUACAAGACGUACACAGAUACAAGAUGGACACAGAUAGAAGAAGAACACAGAUACAAGACGGACACAGAUACAAGACGGGCACAGAUACAAGAAUCACACAGAUACCAGACGGACACAGAUACAAGACGUACACAGAUACAAGACGUACACAGAUACAAGACGGACACAGAUACAAGACGUACACAGAUACAAGACAGACACAGAUACAAGACGCACACAGAUACAAGACGUACACAGACACAAGACGGACACAAGACGUACAAAAAUAUAAGACGGACACAGAUACAAGACGCACACAGAUACAAGACGUACACAGAUACAAGACGUACACAGAUACAAGGCGGACACAGAUACAAGACGUACAUAAUGCAAGAAGGACACAGAUACAAGAUGUACACAGAAACAAGACUCACACAGAUAAAAGACGCACACAGAUACAAGACAGACACAGAUACAUGACAUACCCAGAUACAAGACGUACACAGAUACAGGACGCACACAGAUACAAGACGGACACAGAUACAAGACGUACACAGAUACAGGGCGCACACAGAUACAAGACGUACACAGAUACAAGACGUACACAGAUACAAGACCCCCAAAGAUACAAGUCUCACACAGAUACAAGACUCACACAGAUACAAGACUCACACAGAUACAAGACGCACACAAGACGUACACAUAUACAAGACUCACACAGAUACAGGACGCACACAGAUACAAGACGGACAUAGAUACAAGACACACACAUAUUCAAGACUUACACAGAUACAAGACUUACACAGAUACAAGAUUUACACAGAUACAAGACGUAUACAGAUACAAGACGUACACGGAUACAAGACGUACACGGAUACAGGACGCACACAGAUACAAGACGUACACAGAUACAAGACGUACACAGAUACAAGACUCACACAGAUACAAGUCGCACACAGAUACAAGACUCACACAGAUACAAGUCGCACACAGAUACAAGACACACACAUAUUCAAGACUUACACAGAUACAAGACUUACACAGAUACAAGACUUACACAGAUACAAGACGUAUACAGAUACAAGACGUACACAGAUACAAGACGUACACAGAUACAAGACUCACACAGAUACAAGUCGCACACAGAUACAAGACGUACACAGAUACAAGACGUACACAGAUACAAGACUCACACAGAUACAAGUCGCACACAGAUACAAGACGGACAUAGAUACAAGACACACACAUAUUCAAGACUUACACAGAUACAAGACUUACACAGAUACAAGACUUACACAGAUACAAGACGUAUACAGAUACAAGACGUACACGGAUACAAGACGUACACGGAUACAGGACGCACACAGAUACAAGACGUACACAGAUACAAGACGUACACAGAUACAAGACUCACACAGAUACAAGUCGCACACAGAUACAAGACUCACACAGAUACAAGACUCACACAGAUACAAGACGCACACAAGACGUACACAGAUACAAGACUUACACAGACACAAGACGGACACAGAUACAAGACGUACACAGACACAAGACGUACACAGAUAAAAGAUGUACACAGAGAAAAGACGGACACAGAUACAAGACGGACACAGAUACAAGAAGUACACAUAUACAAGACGGACACAGAUACAAGAAGAAAACAGAUACAAGACGGACACAGAUACAAGACGGGCACAGAUACAAGACGUAUACGGAUACAAGACGUACACGGAUACAAGACGUACACAGAUACAAGACGUACACAGAUACAAGACGUACACAGAUACAAGACGGACACAGAUAUAAGACGUACACAGAUACAAACGCACACAGAUACAAGACGUACACAUAUACAAGACGUACACAGAUACAAGACGGACAGAGAUAUAAGACGUACACAGAUACAAGACGCACACAGAUACAAGACGUACACAGAUACAAGACUUACACUGAUACAAGAUGCACACAGAUACAAGACGUACACAGAUAUGGGACGCACACAAAUACAAGACGUACACAGACACAAGACGUACACAGAUACAAGACGUACACAGAUACAAGACGUACACAGAUACAGGACGCACACAGAUACAGGACGUACACAGACACAAGACGGACACAGAUACAAGACUCACACAGAUACAAGACGGACACAGAUACAAGACGUACAUAGAUACAAGACGUAAACAGAUACAAGACGGACAGAGAUAUAAGACGUACACAGAUACAAGACUCACACAGAUACAAGACGCACACAGAUCCAAGAGGCACACAGAUACAAGGCGUACACAGAUACAAUACGUACACAGAUACAUGACGCACACAGAUACAAGACGCACACAGAUACAAGACGUACACAGGUACAAGACUCACACAGAUACAAGACGUACACAAUAAAAGACGUAGACAGAUACAUGACGUACACAGAUACAAGACGUACACAGAUACAAAGUUGACUCCUCCUCUUUUAUACUUUAGCAAUUCCGUCAAGAAGAUGUUUUGUACAAGUAAAGAUUUCUUUGGCCCCGUUACUCUCAGCCAGAUUAAAAUAAAUUAGUGGAUUUAAAAGGUGCGUUGGAUAAUGUAAGAUAAGAUAAGAUUCUUUUAUUGAUCCAAACAAAUGGAAAUGUUUUUUGAUUGCAUUGUACAUUUUCAGCACACAAAUAACACAAUUUGAGCACAAUCAUAAAAAAAUAUUGAUUUAAAAAAAUCAUGAGUAAGAACACAGAUUGAACGCAGUUGUCUUCCCCCAAGGUGUCUUGGCUGAUCUUGUUUAUCUUCAUCCCAGCUUAAGGGUGCUGGAAAACCCAGCCAUUUUUAAAACUUCAUUUUUUUUUUCAAUUGACUGGAUACUGGAUUUGUGAGUGCGGUCGGGCUGGGGUUGACACGGGAUGAGGUCUGGGUGAAUUGUUUAGUUAGGACCAGUAGUGAUGAGAUGGCACGGGAUGAGGUCUGGGUGAACUGUUUAGUUAGGACCAGUAGUGAUGAGAUGGCACGGGAUGAGUUCUGGGGGAACUGUUUAGUUAGGACCAGUAGUUAUGAGAUGGCACGGGAUGAGUUCUGGGGGAACUGUUUAGUUAGGACCAGUAGUUAUGAGAUGUGUCGAAACCUGCAUGUCCAGAGACAAUGCGAGGCGGAUAAAUACUGUGAGAACACGGGAUGGGAGUUAGUAUGAUAAGUUAUGCUGGGAGUUUGGUAGUUAGGGUCGUAUUGGGAAAUUUCCUAGUUUGUCAGUGGCAGUUAGUGUGUCGAGGGUAGUGGCAGUGGCAGUCAGUAUGUAGAGGGUACAGUGUCAGUGGCUUUCAGCGUGCCUCGUUAUCCAGUGCGGCCUUCUCGUUAUCUAGUGUGACCUUCUCGUUAUCCAGUGUGACCUUCUUGUUAUCCAGUGUGACCUUGUCGUUAUCCAGUGCGGCAUUCUCGUUAUCCAAUGAGGCCUUCUCGUUAUCCAGUGCGACCUUCUCGUUAUCUAGUGCGACCUUCUCGUUAUCUAGUGUGGCCUUCUCGUUCGUUAUCCAAUGCAACCUUCUCGUUAUCCAGUGUGACCUUCUCGUUAUCCAGUGCGACCUUCUCAUUAUCCAGUGCGACCUUCUCAUUAUCCAGUGCGACCUUCUCGUUAUCUAGUGCGACCUUCUCGUUAUCUAGUGUGGCCUUCUCGUUUGUUAUCCAAUGCAACCUUCUCAUUAUCCAGUGCGACCUUCUGAUUAUCCAGUGCGACCUUCUCAUUAUCCAGUGCGACCUUCUCGUUAUCCAGUGCGACCUUCUCGUUAUCUAGUGUGACCUUCUCGUUAUCCAAUGCGACCUUCUCAUUAUCCAGUGCGACCUUCUCGUUAUCCAGUGCGACCUUCUCAUUAUCCAGUGCGACCUUCUCGUUAUCCAGUGCGACCUUCUCGUUAUCCAGUGCGACCUUCUCGUUAUCCAGUGCACCUUCUGAUUAUCCAGUGCGACCUUCUCAUUAUCCAGUGCGACCUUCUCGUUAUCCAGUGCGACCUUCUCGUUAUCUAGUGUGACCUUCUCGUUAUCCAAUGCAACCUUCUCAUUAUCCAGUGCGACCUUCUCGUUAUCCAGUGCGACCUUCUCAUUAUCCAGUGCGACCUUCUCGUUAUCCAGUGCGACCUUCUCGUUAUCCAGUGCGACCUUCUCGUUAUCCAGUGCGACCUUCUCGUUAUCCAGUGUGGCUGUGUACAAAAAGGAAUUUUAAAAACUUUAGCAUCUUAAGCUGGUGUUUUUAUUGCUUGUGGUCAUCAAAGGGGGAUGGAAGUAUACCACUCUACGGAAGUAUACUCUAUACGGAAGUAUACUCUAUACGGAAGUAUACUCUAUACGGAAGUAUACUCUAUACGGAAGUAUACUCUAUACGGAAGUAUACUCUAUACUGAAGUAUACUUCAUACGGAAGAAAUUUCUAUACCAGUGUUUCCCAACCUUUUUUUUUUAUCAUGCCCCACCUAAGCCUUUUUAGAUUCUUAUGCCCCCCAUGCAGUAGCGUAGCUGGGGGGGGGGGUGCGGAGUGCGGACCGCAUCAGGUGUCACAAUCUCAGGGGGUGACACCCAUUUGAAAAAUUGCAUAAUUAUAGAGCACAUACUGCUCGAUACAACCGAUUUUCAUGAAAGAAUAACCGAUCACACGUAAAUUUUCUACACAUGUAACCAACUCCAAUGCGUGCUUUAUUUAGUUAUAUGUUGACGCGUCUGAAAAGAGGUGACCCUAUAAUUUGGUCAGAAGAACACUGUUUAAAAGUGACUUUUUUUACCUAUUUAUAUUGUUAACCAGUGACGUAGCUAGGGGUGCGGACAACAAUUGGUGAUACCAUCCCAGGGGGUGACAUCCAAUUGAAAAAUUGGAUAUUUACAGAGCACACACCGCUCGGUCGAACGGAGCACACACCGCUCGGUCUAACGGAAUUUCAUAAAAAGGAGAACCAAUCACACGUAGAUUUUUCACACGUGUAACUAAUCCCAAUGAUGCGUCAGAAAUACCUUUUUUUGACCAUUAUUCAACGCCGAUUGAAGUGCUAGGUAACUUUCAUAGAUGACAGGAAGCAAUAUUUAUCUAAAUUCUGAGAAAUAAAGCUUUCCGCUAAAUCCAAAUAUGAUAUGGUCGGACGAUUCUAAGUAAAUCAAUCGAAUAGGUAAAAAUUAAAAACAUAAAUAAUGAAUUGUACCCAUUUUUAGGGUAAAAAAAUAAUAUCUUACAAAAUGUUCUAAUAACUUUUUAUUAUUAAUUUAAAUUUAUUUAAAUUUUAAAAAAAAAUGAUUUCGAAACCAAAUCUAUCGAAACCCAGAAAUGCUCAAAAAUAUUUUCGCCGAUUCGUCACUAGCACCACCUCUUAACAUUAAAGCACGAUUGUUGUACAGCAAAAGGUCUUUAAAAUUCUGUGAUUUCACGGUUAUCUGCUACCUUUACCCUUGGGAUGAUCUACUUGAGGAAGUUACUAUUACACAGAAGUAUCUGCAGAAUAAGAUGCUUUACUCUUGAAAAAGUGGUGACCAACCUAGAGGUCUUAACAUUUUUUUCUUCACGGGAAGCGCUUUUAAUUUGUGGAACAUGCUAUUGAAAAUGUAAUUUUUAAAAGAAUGAAAGGAGAACAAUUAAUAGAUGCUGGACCCUCUCUGUGAGAAUAAAAGAGAAUGGAGAUGCGGGUGCGCAUUGCUCGCUUUCAUUCUGAACUCCAGAUGACAUCAUCACUUAUCAAGGAAGUAGCAGAUCAUGUUUGGGGCUAUUCAAUUCAAGAGUCUACUUUCAGAGUUAUUGGUGUCCGUUCCAAAAUUAACCUCUUUCUAUAAUGAGUUAUCAGAGGAUGAACUUUUAAAAGAAAUAUCGUGGCCUAGAAGACACUAAAGGCAGCUGAUAUUGAAUUUCACAAAUUCAAGGACUGAUCAGUAUUUGAUGUUUAGAAAUUCAUAGCUGAAUGUGACUUCCUAGAAUCUAUUCCAAUACUCGCGCUAAGCCUUCAAUUGUUUCUUACGAUCUGUGUGUCUGUGGCUUCAUGUGAGCGGAGCUUUUCAAAACUAAGGCUUAUUAAGAACUCUUUACGAUCCACCAUGGGGCAGUCAAGCCAUUCUAAUCUGGCUCUCUACUAUCAGUUGAAAGUGAUACGGUGAAGGAUAUUGAAUUUGUUCAAGUGAUUGACAUAUUUGCCCACUGGGAAGACCAGGAAAGGAAAAUGUUUAAUAAAGUAAAUUUAAUGUAAAAAUGACUACAACUUAACGUUGUUAUUUCUUCUUCUUCUUCUAUAUUUUGAGGACUCACGAUCCACGUAUUGAUCAUUCUGGCUCCUAUACAUUUUUAAAAUACAGUUCUAAAGUACAUUUACCUCCUGACCUUUAAUUUAUUUGUUUUUUUAUUCUUUUCAUUGUUAUACUGUGGAUUUAUUUAAAAGUAACAAAUCCAUCUUGGAAGUCAGGGGAGGGGGUGACACCAUGAGUUUACCUCACCGACCCUAGCCACGCCACUGCCCCCAUGUAUCAAAAACAUAAUUUUUGAUAUUUAAAAAUAGGGUUGCUCACUGAAGAAACUUAAAUGAUAGGUUUUAGGAAGAAAUGACUAGGAGAUUGGUGAGGAAAGGUAGUAAGAAAAUUUUCAAAACAUAUGAUGGGGAACUGAAAUUCACUUUUAACGAGCGCUUAUUUUAAAUUGAGACUUUAACGAUUCUCCUUUUGAAAUACAAGUCAAAUCCUAGCAGACGGUUGGUUUUCAACUUCUAGAUAGCUCAUUUUCGAAUGGCCCCCCUAAACAAUCAAAGUGUCCCCUUGUGGCCCCACGUUGGGAAACACCGCUGCAUACGGAAGUAUACUCUACACGGAAGCACACUCUGUACGGAAGUAUACUCUAUGCCGAAGUAUAUUCUAGAAUAGUUGUGCUCCUCUGGACAGCAUUUCGAACAAAUCAAACUGUCUGUUCAGUGAACACACCUAUUGCGUGAGUUUGCUACAUGGUCAACUGGUCUUAAUAAAUAAACAGCACGUGAUUUUGAGAUGAAUUUUGUUAAGCAUUAUUUGUACUGGCGCAUUUGUUUGUGUCUAGCGAAAUAAUUAAAGAAGGGAAAAAUCACAAUGACUGAGUUAUUUGCAUAUGUAUUUAUUGUUUUACGAUACAUUUUUAUACGUAAAUUGUGAGGGGUGGCAGCGCGAAGGAUGUGCGAAAUGUUUUGAAAUCAAGAGAACCCCUAUUAUAGGUAGAGAACCCUUGUGAUAGAUAGAGAGCCCCUGAUAUAGUUUUUUUUUUCCUCCACUUCUUUUCCUUUCGUUUGAUUUAUUUAUUUCUGUUGCUUAUUGAUCUUUGCCAUCUGAGCUCGGGAGAUAUUAAAAUCAUAAAUUGGUGACCUGGUGGCAACAAUAAAUGGAUUACUGUCAAAUAUUUGUGUGUGUGUGUGUUUAUGCUUUUUUAUUUUCUCUCUCUCUCUCUCUCUCUCUCUCUCUCUCUCUCUCUCUCUCUCUCUCUCUCUCUCUCUCUCUCUCUCUCUCUCUCUCUCUCUCUCUACCAACCCAUCGGGCCACGCAAAAUACCCCCCACCCUCAUAACUUUAAGGGGAGGUGUGGGUGAAAAAUCUAAAAUUUUUGUUUGGCUUCAUAUAGGAUUUUUUUAACUACACCUUUUUUGGUAUUGUAAUGGAGGUACAAAACAGGUUUUAAAAAAAAAUGUCCAUUGGUUGCCUUUGUAGCCCAUAAAGACCUCCACCAUUUUACAAACAUAGAUUAUUUAACCUAUAAUAAUAAAACUUUGUAUAACAGGACUUUUUGAUGUAUCAACUAGUUAUAAAUAUACAGGGUAAGAAAUUGUGACCCCCAUUUUUUAUGCAAAUUCUUUUUUACAUAUUUUCUUUUCUAAGAUAGUUAUCUUAAUCUUAGGUUAUCCAAAUGUUUAUUAUUGGUCAGUGAACAUACUGUGAAAAUUUGGUGAGGUAUGGAUAAGAAAUAAAAAAGUUAUAGGGAUAUGGUGACCAAAAAUAUUGAAAACGAGAAGACUGAAAUAACGAAGAAAAACGACAAAAACAAUGAAAAUAUCAAUGAAAAAAAAAAGAAUCUUAUAUCACGAUUGGGCUAAAAACUUUUUAUUAGCCUAUUGGAGACAUUUUUAAUCCUUUUCCAGGUAUUUUUUUCUUUUUUUCCUGACCACUCAACUUGUCGCUGUGAUUGAUAUAUUUUUAUCUAUUAUUCUGUUUUUGUCGAAAAAAUAAUAAUUCGCUUAUUUUGGAGAAUUUCAGCAUUAUAAAAGUGUGCAAACCCAUAAAAUUAAUUAUGUGGCUUUGGAGACACGCAAUGACUUUGCGGAACACAAUAAACCACAACAUGCAUUAUAUUUCCUGUUGAUAAACUACACAGAUCUGUUGUGCCUAGGUCCAUUUAGCCCAAAUGAAAAUUUGUACAUGAAAAAGAAGGAGUGCCCAAAGUAUGUGUUCCAAUUGUUACAGAUUCCUCGUCGCCACAUAUGUUCGAUGCAUCGAAAUAAAAGUAAACUCAGGCAGAGGAUGCAAGAGAAGACUAACACAUAUUACAUCACAAAAUUCAUUAUGUUUUAUUCAAGGACAAAAAGAAUAAGACAGUAGUUGAAAGGAACAUAUCAAUAAUUCCCUUAUUUCAACAUUGUAUCUCUAUGCGAUGUGAUUUUAAACAUGACUAGUGUCAAAGUUUGAUACAGUACCGACAACUAAUGAGAUUUUACAAUGGAGUUAUUGCUCAUGAAUUUUCUGGCUCACAAAAAAAAAAAAAACUGUUAAUAUGCUUUUAGGAAAAAUACAUGUUGCAACUCAAGUGAUUCAAAAGUUUUGAGAUAGAAAAAAAAAAAAAAAUAUUGUUUGCAUAAAAAAUGGGGUCGCAAUUUCUGACCCCGUAUAUUUAUAACCAGUCAUUAUAUCAAAAAGUCCUGUUAUACAAAGUUUUAUCAUAGGUUAAAUAAUCAAUGUUUAAAAUCUGAUGGCAAUAACUUAAUAUUUGUAAAAGCCUUAGUCUUUUAAAAAACACUACAAAAAUAAAAAUGGUGGAGGUCUUUAUGGGCUACAAAGGUAACCAAUGGACAUUUUUUUUUAAAAAACCUGUUUUGUACCUCCAUUACAAUACCAAAUGAGGUGUAGUUAAAAAUUUUAGAUUUUUCACCCAUACCUCCCCUUAAAGUUAUGAGGGUGGGGGGUAUUUUGCGUGGCCCGUUGGGGUGGUAGAGAGAGAUAGAGAGACAGAGAAUAUUAAAAAGCAUAUUAACACUCACACACAAAUAUGAAUGAAUCUCCUGUCAGUAGUCUCCCCUUGCUGACAGUAAUCCAUUUAUUGUUGCCACCAGGUCACCAAUUUAUGAUUUUAAUAUCUCCCGAGCUCAGAUGGCAAAGAUCAAUAAGCAACAGAAAUAAAUAAAUCAAACGAAAGGAAAAGAAGUGGAGAAAAAAAAUCAACCUAUAUCAGGGGCUCUCUACCUAUCACAAGCGUUCUCUACCUAUAACAGGGGUUCUCUUGAUUUCAAAACAUUUCGCACAUCCUUCACGCCCCCAACCCUCACAUUUUACGUAUAAAAAUGUAUCGUAAAACAAUAAAUAAAUAUGCAAAUAACUCAGUCAUUGUGAUUUUUCACUUCUUUAAUUAUCUUGCUAGACACAAACAAAUGCGCCAGCACAAAUAAUGCUUAACAAAAUUCAUCUCAAAAUCACGUGCUGUUGCAGUAGCGAAUUUAUUUCUUAAGACCAGUUGGCCAUAUAGCAAACACCCGCAAUAGGUGUGUUCACUGAACAGACAGUUUGAUAUGUUCGAAGUGCUGUCCAGAGGAGCACAACUAUUCUAGAAUCUACUUCGGCAUAGAGUAUACUUCCGUACAGAGUGUGCUUCCGUGUAGAGUAUACUUCCGUAUGCAGCGGUGUUUCCCAACGUGGGGCCACAGGGGGACAAUUUGAUUGUUUAGGGGGGCCAUUCGAAAAUGAGCUAUCUAGCAGUUGAAAACCAACCGUCUGCUUUGAUUGAAUUUGUAUUUCAAAAGGAGAAUCGUUUAAGUCUCAAUAUGUAAUAAGCGCUCGUUAAAAGUGAAUUUCGGUUCUCCGUCAUAUGUUUUGAACAUUUUCUUACUACGUUUCCUCACCAAUCUCCUAGUCAUUUCUUCCUAAAACCUAUCAUUUAAGUUUCUUCGGUGAGCAACCCUAUUUUUAAAUAUCAAAAAUUAUGUUUAUGAUACAUGGGGGCAGUGGCGUAGCUAGGGUCGGUGAGGUAAACUCAUGGUGUCACCCCCCCCCUCCCUCCCUGACUUCCAAGAUGGAUUUGUUACUUUUAAAUAAAUCCACAGUAUAACACAAUUCGUCCUCCAUAAACUACAUCAUCUCAAUGUUCUCAUAUUGUCCUCCAUAAACUACACCAUCUUAAUGUUCUCAUAUUGUCCUCCAUGAACUACACCAUCUUAAUGUUCUCAUAUUGUCCUCCAUAAACUACACCAUCUUAAUGUUAUCAUAUUGUCCUCCAUGAACUACACGAUCUUAAUGUUCUCAAUUUGUCCUCCAUAAACUACACCAUCUUAAUGUUCUCAUAUUGUCCUCCAUGAACUACACCAUCUUAAUGUUCUCAUAUUGUCCUCCAUGAACUACACCAUCUUAAUGUUCUCAUAUUGUCCUCCAUAAACUACACCAUCUUAAUGGUCUCAAUUUGUCCUCCAUAAACUACACCAUCUUAAUGGUCUCAAUUUUUCCUCCAUGAACUACACCAUCUUAAUGGUCUCAUAUUGUCCUCCAUAAACUACACCAUCUUAAUGUUCUCAAUUUGUCCUCCAUGAACUACACCAUCUUAAUGUUCUCAUAUUGUCCUCCAUGAACUACACCAUCUUAAUGUUCUCAUAUUGUCCUCCAUAAACUACACCAUCUUAAUGUUCUCAAUUUGUCCUCCAUGAACUACACCAUCUUAAUGUUCUCAUAUUGUCCUCCAUGAACUACACCAUCUUAAUGUUCUCAUAUUGUCCUCCAUAAACUACACCAUCUUAAUGUUCUCAAUUUGUCCUCCAUGAACUACACCAUCUUAAUGUUCUCAUAUUGUCCUCCAUGAACUACACCAUCUUAAUGUUCUCAUAUUGUCCUCCAUAAACUACACCAUCUUAAUGUUCUCAAUUUGUCCUCCAUGAACUACACCAUCUUAAUGUUCUCAUAUUGUCCUCCAUGAACUACACCAUCUUAAUGUUCUCAUAUUGUCCUCCAUGAACUACACCAUCUUAAUGUUCUCAUUUGUCCUCCAUGAACUACACCAUCUUAAUGUUCUCAUAUUGUCCUCCAUAAACUACACCAUCUUAAUGGUCUCAUAUUGUCCCCCAUGAACUACACCAUCUUAAUGUUCUCAUAUUGUCCUCCAUGAACUACACCAUCUUAAUGUUCUCAUAUUGUCCUCCAUGAACUACACAAUCUCAAUGUUCUCAUAUUGUCCUCAAUGAACUACACCAUCUUAAUGUUCUCAUAUUGUCCUCCAUAAACUACACCAUCUUAAUGGUCUCAUAUUGUCCUCCAUGAACUACACCAUCUUAAUGUUCUCAUAUUGUCCUCCAUGAACUACACAAUCUUAAUGUUCUCAUAUUGUCCUCCAUGAACUACACCAUCUUAAUGGUCUCAAUUUGUCCUCCAUAAACUACACCAUCUUAAUGGUCUCAUAUUGUCCUCCAUGAACUACACCAUCUUAAUGUUCUCAUAUUGUCCUCCAUGAACUACACCAUCUUAAUGUUCUCAUAUUGUCCUCCAUGAACUACACCAUCUUAAUGGUCUCAAUUUGACCUCCAUGAACUACACCAUCUUAAUGGUCACGAUUUGUCCUCCAUAAACUACACCAUCUUAAUGUGCUCAUAGUGUCCUCCAUGAACUACACCAUCUUAAUGGUCUCAAUUUUUCCUCCAUGAACUACACCAUCUUAAUGGUCUCAAUUUGUCCUCCAUAAACUACAUCAUCUCAAUGUUCUCAUAUUGUCCUCCAUAAACUACACCAUCUUAAUGGUCUCAUAUUGUCCUCCAUGAACUACACCAUCUUAAUGGUCUCAAUUUGUCCUCCAUGAACUACACCAUCUUAAUGGUCUCUAUUUGUCCUCCAUAAACUACAGCAUCUUAAUGGUCUCAAUUUGUCCUCCAUAAACUACAUCAUCUUAAUGUUCUCAUAUUGUCCUCCAUAAACUACAUCAUCUUAAUGUUCUCAUAUUGUCCUCCAUGAACUACACCAUCUUAAUGGUCUCAUAUUGUCCUCCAUAAACUACAUCAUCUCAAUGUUCUCAUAUUGUCCUCCAUGAACUACACCAUCUUAAUGUUCUCAUAUUGUCCUCCAUAAACUACAUCAUCGUAAUGUUCUCAUAUUGUCCUCCAUGAACUACACCAUCUUAAUGUUCUCAUAUUGUCCUCCAUGAACUACACCAUCUUAAUGGUCUCAAUUUGUCCUCCAUGAAUUACACCAUCUUAAUGGUCUCAAUUUGUCCUCCAUAAACUACACCAUCUUAAUGGUCUCAAUUUGUCCUCCAUAAACUACAUCAUCUCAAUGUUCUCAUAUUGUCCUCCAUAAACUACACCAUCUUAAUGGUCUCAUAUUGUCCUCCAUGAACUACACCAUCUUAAUGGUCUCAAUUUGUCCUCCAUGAACUACACCAUCUUAAUGGUCUCAAUUUGUCCUCCAUAAACUACACCAUCUUAAUGGUCUCAAUUUGUCCUCCAUGAACUACAUCAUCUUAAUGUUCUCAUAUUGUCUACAUGAACUACACCAUCUUAAUGUUCUCAUAUUGUCCUCCCUGAACUACACCAUCUUAAUGUUCUCAUAUUGUCCUCCAUGAACUACACCAUCUUAAUGUUCUCAUAUUGUCCUCCAUGAACUACACCAUCUUAAUGGUCUCAAUUUGUCCUCCAUAAACUACACCAUCUUAAUGUUCUCAUAUUGUCCUCCAUGAACUACACCAUCUUAAUGGUCUCAUAUUGUCCUCCAUGAACUACACCAUCUUAAUGUUCUCAUAUUGUCCUCCAUGAACUACACAAUCUUAAUGUUCUCAUAUUGUCCUCCAUGAACUACACCAUCUUAAUGGUCUCAAUUUGUCCUCCAUGAACUACACCAUCUUAAUGUUCUCAUAUUGUCCUCCAAGAACUACACCAUCUCAAUGGUCUCAAUUUGUCCUCCAUGAACUACACCAUCUCAAUGGUCUCAAUUUGUCCUCCAUAAACUACACCAUCUCAAUGGUCUCAAUUUGUCCUCCAUGAACUACACCAUCUCAAUGGUCUCGAUUCGUCCUCCAUAAACUACAUCAUCUCAAUGGUCUCAAUUUGUCCUCCAUGAACUACAUCAUCUCAAUGGUCUCAAUUUGUCCUCCAUGAACUACACCAUCUCAAUGGUCUCAAUUUGUCCUCCAUGAACUACACCAUCUUAAUGGUCUCAAUUUGUCCUCCAUGAACUACACCAUCUUAAUUUUCUCAUAUUGUCCUCCAUGAACUACAUCAUCUCAAUGGUCUCAAUUUGUCCUCCAUGAACUACAUCAUCUCAAUGGUCUCAAUUUGUCCUCCAUAAACUACACCAUCUCAAUGGUGUCAAUUUGUCCUCCAUAAACUACAUCAUCUCAAUGGUCUCAAUUUGUCCUCCAUAAACUACACCAUCUCAAUGGUCUCAAUUUGUCCUCCAUAAACUACACCAUCUCAAUGGUCUCAAUUUGUCCUCCUCAGAUUGGCGACGUUUAAGAGAUCCGCCAUGGACCUGGCCAUGAUGCAGGUUUACAGAAUAUGUGACAUUGACAAGAAUGGGCUAUUCACACGACAGGAGCUGAUGUGUGUGCAGAAAGUGAUCCAAAUUCUCUUCACUGGUCGCUGACAACGAAUGAUUCGGUCAGCCUCUUAAGGGUUGAACGCCGAAUCACGGAGAGACUAAUUUUGUGCUCUGUUUUGUAACGAAGAGACUCGUUUUUUUUGUGCUCUGCUCUAUGAGAAAAACAAUGAUUUGGUCAAAUCGCUGUUGUGUGUAUGGUUUACAACGAUGCUUGCCAUUGAAGACAUUCCUGAAUUGGAAAAUGCGAAGCGUUUCAAUGAUCAAUGCUUGUCUUAUUACCCAGUUUCAAUAUCGUUGAAUAGUGAUGCAUUGUUCAAAGUAAUAAACAGAUUGAGAAAAUAAUGUUGUUAUUAAGGGAUCGUUCGUAAUAUUACGUCACGCUAAAAAUGACCUUUUUAGACUCCCACCCCCACCCGUCACAAAAUGUCACAUAUUCUUUAUCCCCCCCCCCCCCAAAAAAAAACCUAGUGUCAC